GAACAAGUUUUGAGAUUAAUUGGUCGAUUCCUUCUCGUCUGCUCCUUAAGAUUAUUGCAUUUCAUUUUCAUGUUUUCUCUGAUAAUCCGUGGAAGAAAGUCACCUGAGUUGCACAAAUGGCGUAACUUAGUAGUCUCAGUGAAUUUUCUUGCUUUUUCCAGUUCCUUCUCCUCUGCUAGUGCUGCUGCUGAUGUGAGCCUUCAAGAUGGUCAAAAAGGUAACAACUUUACCGUCUCUUACCUCGUUAAAUCUCUGGGCUUCACCACCAAACUUGCUGAAUCGAUCUUGAGGAAGGUCAGCUCAGAUGAUGCCCACAAGGGCAACCCAGAUUCUGUUCUGUCUCUUCUCAGUAGUCAUGGGUUUACAUCUCCUCAGAUCUCCACCAUCAUUAAAACUUAUCCACGACUUCUCUUACUAGAUGCUGAGUCAUCACUUGCCCCCAAGCUUCGGUUUCUAACCUCAAGAGGAGCAUCGACCUCUGAGCUCACCGAGAUUCUCUCAAAAGUCCCUAAAAUCCUGGGAAUCAAAAAGGACAAAGCUUUGAGCAGAUACUUUGAUUUCGUCAGAGAGAUCAUAGUAGCCGACAAGAGUUCCCUAAAGUUGUCUCAUUCUUUGUCCGAGGGCAGUGCACAGGGGAACAAACUCAGGAAUGUAUUGGUUUUGAGAGAUAUGGGCGUGCCUCAGAGGCUGUUACUCCCUUUACUCAUCUCUAACCACCACGCCUGCUGUGGGAAAGAAAAGUUUGAAGAAACCUUAAAGAAAGUCGUUGAGAUGGGUUUCGAACCCACCACCUUCAGGUUUGUUGAAGCUCUCCGCAUGCUUUACCAGUUAAGCGAUAAGACAAUAGAAGAGAAGCUUAGUUUUUAUAAAAAGUUGGGCUUUUCUGUGAGAGAGGUAUGGGAGAUGUUCAAGAAGAAUCCGAGCUUUCUGCCACUCUCUGAGAAGAACAUACUGAACUCGAUUGAAGCGUAUCUCGGUUUAGGGUUUACUAGAGAUGAGUUUGUUAUGUUGGUCAAGUGCCAUCCUCAGUGUUUUAAUUACUCUGCUGAGCUGGUUAAGAAGAAGACUGAGUUUCUGGUGAAGGAUAUGAACUGGCCAGUGAAAGCUGUUGUUUCGAACCCUACAGUGCUUGGUUACAACUUGGAGAAAAGGACUAUCCCAAGGUGUAAUGUAAUCAAAGCUCUCAUGUCUGAAGGUUUUCUCGGAAGUGAACUCCCUUCACUUGGCUCUGUUUUGGUAUGUACGGACCGUGCCUUUUUGAAAAGGUAUGUGAUGAAGCAUGGUGAUGAUAAGACGCUUGUGGCUAAGUUGAUGGCUAUCUUCACCGGAGUUCAUGUUUCAUAGAAGAUGUAGAAUGGUUAAGGGCUGUCAAGGGCUUUUCUAUAAAAGCUGUGAAGAAUGGGAAGCAGACAUUUAUUAUAAAUCUCUGGAAUGCGCAAUGUAUACUCUGGCAAUCUUUUCUGAGUGCCUAGAAAAGUGUAGACAUGUGAUGGUUUGGUUAGUCAGGUUGCUUAAAAUAUACUGAUUAAUGCUAUGUGCUAGUUUGGUUGAUAUGAUAUGAACAAACAACUUUUGAGAGAUUCUUCGGUGACAACUGUAUUUCCAGCCAAGGUUGGGCUGAACACUAAGUACGGUUAGGCAAGUAGUCUAGCAAGUACGCUGCGAAUUCAAACCAUGUUGCCGUCUCAAAUCAGAUCUGGUCUAGGUUAGGUUGGACCAGUCCAGCAUGAACUGAAGAGGAUGAUCUUCAAAAACAAGCCGUAUUAAUAUCUUUGUUGGAAUUUUUUCACGUUCUGAGUGUUGUUAUCAAUAUCACUUGUCCAUCGAUUUGUGCUGUAUUUGUUUCACUUGUCCAUCAAUUUGUUGUAUUCAAGUAAUUUAAAUGUUGAAGAUCUUGAAAGAACAACGAU